AAACUCACACAAAACACAUUACACACACAAACACAAAUUUCUCAAAUCAAAUCAACCUAUGCCCAUAUUCACAAAACACCAAUUCUCAUGUUGAUUGGAAUCAUUACGAAAAGAUAAGAAAAAUGGAGAGUUAUCUGAAGGAGAACUUCGAUGUCGAGCCCAAGAACCCGACAGAAGAAGCGUUGAAGAAAUGGAGGUCAGCCGUGUGGCUGGUGAAGAACCCUCGCCGGCGGUUUCGUAUGGUGGCUGAUCUUGCCAAACGGGCUGCAGCCGAGAAGAAACGCCGGAAGAUCCAGGAGAAGAUCCGGAUAGCUUUGUAUGUGCAGAAAGCAGCAUUGCAGUUCAUUGAUGCUGCUAACAGAACCGAACAUAAGGUCUCUGAAGAAGUCGCUCAAGCCGGUUACGACAUCGAACCCGACGAUCUUGCCUACAUCGUCCGCUCCCACAACAACAAAACUUACGAUUUCCAUGGCGGACUUCAAGGUCUCGCAAGAAAAAUCAAAGUCUCACUUCGUGAUGGCGUCCUUUCAUCCGAUAUCUCCAAACGCCAACAAAUUUUCGGGUUUAAUCGCUUCGUCGAAAAGCCCCCUAGAGCUUUAUGGAUGUUCGUAUGGGACGCGUUACAGGAUUUGACGUUAAUCAUCCUCAUGGUGUGUGCUGUGAUUUCCGUCGGCGUCGGAAUUGCUACAGAAGGGUGGCCGAAGGGGAUGUACGACGGGUUAGGGAUUAUUCUGUGUAUAGCGUUGGUGGUUGUGGUUACAGCAGUGAGUGAUUACAAACAGUCAUUGCAAUUCAAAGAUCUGGAUAAGGAAAAGAAGAAUAUAAUUAUUCAAGUGACGAGAGAUGGGAGUAGGAAAAAGGUUUCGAUUUACGAUUUGGUGGUCGGAGAUAUUGUUCAUUUGUCAAUCGGCGAUCAAGUUCCGGCGGAUGGGAUUUUCAUCGAUGGGUACAGCUUAUCGAUUGAUGAAUCGAGUUUAUCCGGCGAAAGUGAACCGGUGAACAUCGACAAGAAACGACCGUUUCUGCUAUCGGGAACUAAAGUUCAAGAUGGCUCCGGCAAAAUGCUGGUGACUUCCGUCGGAAUGAAAACCGAAUGGGGAAGAUUAAUGGUGACAUUAAGCGAAGGUGGCGACGAUGAAACCCCAUUACAGGUGAAACUCAACGGCGUCGCCACCAUCAUCGGAAAAAUCGGGUUAGCGUUUGCAAUUUUAACUUUUCUCGUCCUCACAGCGAGGUUUGUAAUCAUGAAAUUCCUCAAUGACGAAAUGGGGAUAUGGUACAUGAGCGACGGUUUGGAGCUUCUGAACUAUUUCGCCAUCGCCGUCACCAUACUGGUGGUCGCCGUCCCGGAAGGGCUGCCAUUAGCGGUGACGUUAAGUUUAGCUUUCGCGAUGAAGAAACUGAUGAACGAUCGAGCACUCGUGAGGCAUCUUUCUGCUUGCGAAACAAUGGGAUCCGCCACCUGUAUCUGUACGGACAAAACCGGAACUUUAACCACAAAUCAUAUGGUUGUCACCCGUCUAUGGGCUGCCGGAGAAAAUAAAGACAUCAGAAGUAAAGAAAAACUCAAAUCGUCGAUCUCAGAGAAAGUUUUAACUGUUCUUUUACAAUCCGUCUUCUUGAACACGAACUCAGAGAUCGUAAAAGACGAAUCGGGGAAGACGAACAUCAUCGGUUCUCCGACGGAAACUGCUUUAUUGGAAUUCGGACUACUUUUUCAGAGUAAUUACACCGCCGAAUCGAAAAACGUGAAGAUCAUCAAAGUCGAACCGUUUAAUUCCGUCAAGAAAAAGAUGUCGGUGCUCGUCGCUCUUCCCGGAGGUAAGUUACGAGCUUUCUGCAAAGGCGCGUCGGAGAUUAUAUUAAGUUUAUGCGAUAAAAUCAUCACCGACGAUGGAGAAAUCAUGGAGAUAUCCGACAAACAACGAAAAGCGAUUACAGAUGUGAUAAAUGGUUUCGCAUGUGACGCCCUAAGAACGAUUUGUUUAGCUUUUAGGGAUUUAGACACUGGGUCAAGCUCCGAUAACAUUCCGGAGACUAAUUACACGAUAAUUGCAGUGGUCGGAAUUAAAGAUCCGGUGAGGCCAGGGGUGAAAGAGGCGGUGAAGACAUGUUUGGACGCCGGAAUAAUUGUGAGGAUGGUGACCGGAGAUAAUAUCAAUACUGCAAAAGCGAUUGCUAGAGAAUGUGGGAUUUUGACUGCGGAUGGUUUGGCUAUUGAAGGACCGGUUUUUAGGGAAAAAAGCGUUGACCAAUUGAAAGAUAUAAUUCCUAGGCUUCAAGUGAUGGCAAGAUCUUUACCUUUGGAUAAACAUAAGUUGGUUACCCUUUUGAGAAAUGAAUUUAAGGAAGUUGUGGCGGUUACGGGUGACGGGACUAAUGAUGCCCCAGCUUUACAUGAAGCCGAUAUCGGUCUGGCCAUGGGUAUAGCCGGAACCGAGGUUGCGAAAGAAAACGCAGAUGUUGUGAUUAUGGAUGACAAUUUCAAGACAAUCGUGUAUGUUGCUAGAUGGGGUCGUUCGGUUUAUAUAAAUAUCCAAAAGUUUGUGCAAUUUCAGUUGACAGUUAAUGUGGUUGCACUCAUGACCAAUUUUGUUUCUGCAUGCACAUCAGGAUCUGCUCCUCUUACUGCUGUCCAAUUGCUUUGGGUGAACAUGAUAAUGGACACAUUAGGUGCUUUAGCUUUGGCAACAGAACCUCCUCAUGAUGGGUUAAUGCAAAGACCUCCAAUUGGGCGUGAAGUCAACUUUAUAACAAAGGUUAUGUGGCGGAAUAUCGUUGGUCAAAGUGUUUAUCAACUUGUGAUUCUUGGCCUUCUUCAAUUUGAUGGAAAACGUGUUCUUAAAAUCAAUGGUCCGGAUUCUACUGCUAUUCUCAAUACAUUGAUCUUUAAUACCUUCGUUUUCUGCCAGGUAUUUAACGAAAUAAACAGCCGUGACAUGGAGAAAAUAAACGUGUUACGUGGAAUGUUUGAUAGUUGGGUGUUCAUGUUAGUGAUGAUAUGCACUGUGACAUUCCAAAUCAUAAUAGUUGAAUUAUUAGGUACAUUUGCAUCCACAGUUCCAUUAUCUUGGGACUUAUGGUUUGCUAGUGUUCUUUUGGGUUCACUUAGUAUGCCAGUUGGAGCCAUCUUGAAGUGCAUCCCGGUUGACUCAUCUACGAGCCAUGGUGUCAAGCAACAUGAUGGCUAUGAGCCGCUUGCCAGGGGUCCGGAUAUGGCUUGAGAUUGAUGUUUUAUUUAUUUAUUUAUUUGUUUAUUUAUUUAUAUUCUUUGUGAGGUUUGAUUUUUAAAACCUUGGAACUAUUGUUUUUUGAGGGAGGGUAGAAUAGAUGGUGCGGUUUCGAAUUUUGAAUUUGAGAUAAACAAAACUAUAUUUGUUUGUUACUUAUUUUUUGUGGUAUUUUAUGAGUAUUUUGUUUUUUUACAUUUAUAUAACGGG